AAGCUGAGCGAAGUGAGCCCCAUGUCGCUGGGCCAGCACAGAACUAGCCCUUGAGGUUCGUCCCCUCUCCAGGAUGAACGUGCCAUUCCUGCAGCUGCUGCUCUCAACGAGCGCGCGCAGGCACCUCUUGGAUGAGAUGCAGCAGCAUAUUCUUCGACAGUGCACCAAGGACCCCGCCAUGCCGGGCGCGCUGCAAAACCUGAUCACCUCCCUAGUCCGCGUCUUUUGGGCUGACAUGGUGAUGGAACUCGAGCUCGACGCUUCCUCCAGUCGUCGCAGAGAGGAUGACGAAGAGGAGUCCGCUUCAGGCCAAGUUCCGGGCCCCCAGGGCCCACUGGGUCGAGCACUCUCUCCAUGGUUGGGCCCCUCUGCGCUGUCCCGAAACAGCCGAGCAGAGGAACUGGCUGCUGCUCCGGACAUUGCCAAGGGCAUCCUGCAGGUGCUGGUGGUCGAGGCCCGUGACCUGCGCCCGGUGCACGGCAUCGGCACCAAUCCCUACGUGCGUGGGCGAUUGGGCGAGCACGUGCGCCGCAGCGGCACGGUGUGGAGCAACCUCCGCCCUGCCUGGAACUGCCUCAUGGAGUUUCCGGUGGUUUCCACCAGAGGCAACUUGGAGCUCGAGGUGAUGAGCCGGGCGCCCCUCUUCGGCGGGGACACAAGGCUUGGCCAUGUCACGGUCCCCUUGGACGACAUCAUCUCUCCUGCGGGUCCCGCCGUGAACGUGCCUGGCAACUCCCAGUUAGCGUAUCGCUGCGAGCCCUUGCUGGGUGCGCACAAAGGCGCGGGCCAGGGUGAGUUAGUUUUGAUCAUCGACUACCAAAAGCUCCAGGCACCGCGACGGCGCCUCUGCUGUGGGUCCUUCGGAAGCGCUGCGGCUCGCAGAGCUGCGCAGUUCCGGGCCUUCUUCUUAUACCACUACUGGCCCUGUGACAAGUCCAUUUUCCAGAUGUACUUGUACGAGCCCAUCGACAUUUGUCUCUUGUUACUUUCUCUUAGUCCCUUGCUGGUGGUGCGGGCCUUGUUUUACACAGUGCUUCUACUGUGCCUGUGCUUUCCCUGGCCUCCGGAUGAGCACCAGAUUGUGCAGUUCAUUCUGGCGUUCAAGGGAUUGGCCAGCAUUUCAGAUGGUGCGGGGCACCUGCUUUACGGAAUCCUGAUCUACUACCUAUGUGCCCGCGGCGGCACCUGCUCCCAGGGGGGAGCGCCCGGGACCGGCGUCAGCAGCGCCUAUGUGGUGCUGGACCUCUACCAAGAGGUGCUUGUCUGGGCCGUGUGCUUCUUGCUGCUCCCCCGCAGCUUGCCCUACUUGAACCGUACCGCGGCACAAGGUCCGCAGCGGCAAGCGUACACCGAGGACGUGCAUCGCGGCGGCCGCAUGAAUGCUUUGCUGCAGUACAACCUCUGCGUUUUCGUGUUCAGCCUGAGCAUCUUCCUCAUGCUGUCAGCUCGGGACGCGUUCGCCACGACUUGGGAGGGCGCGGGGCGGUCGGAGGUGUUGCAGUGGCGCCUGGCGGAGAACUUCUUCUGGGCGCGGACCAUCUUUGGUCUGGGCAUGUUCCCCUUCUUCUUCCUCCUGCAUCCGCAAAUCAACAAGCUACUGACCCACAGCACGCCCACUGGCUUCACUCGACUUGGCACUUUGAAGAGGCACAAGCCGAUCCUCUUGCCCAAGCAAUCGUCAGAGCCAGAAGCAGAUGGAGUUCAGGAAGGUGAUGAUCAUGAAGAGGACGACGAGCCGCCGCCGCUGGUGGACUUAGAUGGUGUCAGGGGCGAGACUUCGAAGCUUCGAUCCGGCGAUGUGGCCGUGGCGGAUCCCGUGGAGGACCUGCGUGCGGUGAUCCGGCGCUUGCCCGGCGGGCGCCUGGCGCUGGGAGCCACCGGCCUGUGGCUGCGGGCGACAGGGAAGGCUGUGAACGCAGCUGUCACCGUGGUGUCUCUUGAGAUCCGCGUGGCCAGCGCUGGAGUGUCUUUGGGCCUGCGCGCCGCCGACGCAGGCCGCGCCUUUGCGCUGGGCGUGGCCCGGCGGGUGGUGCCCGGCAGCGACACCGCGGCGGUGCGCUUCAUGCGCGCCCGGGCGGAGCAGGCGCAGAGCGCCACCGUGAUCCUGGUGGGUCACUGCGAUCGCUUGCUGCAGGGCCCUGUAUCCCUGGCCACCCGCGUGGCGCGCCGCGUGCCCGGGGGUCCCACCACCAUCUCCGUGAUGGGCACCUUGAGCCACCUCUCUCUGGGCCUGAUGCGCACCUGCUUCCGCAUGGCCGCGGCGGUGGAAUCCCCCGAGGUUGGCUCGGAGACCUCCGGCGCUGGGACUCCGCUGGGGCAGGCCAGCCUGCCUACGAUGGAGCUACUGCAGGCUGCAGGUGGUACGGAGCUAGCAGAGCUGAGUGGCAAGGCCGAGCUGGUGAAAAUGGAGGCGGCUGCCAGGCUCGCGGAGCUGCUCAUGCGCGCCGAGCGCCUGGCUGAACGCGAGGCCGCGGAGGCGAGAGAAGCGCUCCAGCGAGUCCAGCCAGAGAUCAGCAAGAUCUCGCAGGCGCUGCGUGACAGGAGUCAAGGCUGGGCCUGGGAGUUGAAGCGCGCCAAGAGCGCCUGUGAAAGCAUGUGUCGAUCUACCGUGGCAUGGACUUGUGACUUGGGCUGCCGCCUGCCCGGGGCCGGCCAGGCUUUGCUGGACGCCAUUCACCGGGAGAUGGAGGAACUACAGGAGCACAGCACGGCGGCUCGCACCUGGCUGCAGACGCUGGAGGCCUACUCCCGGGUCCUCUUCUCCUCAGCCUGUGAGGCCUAUUUGGAGCUGCGGCCCUGCGAGCGCGCGCCGGUAGCUCCCCAGCUGGAGCGCUCCGGCCGCCCGAGCCCGCGUGCCAGCAGCCCGCCGGCCUCCGCGACGCAGGCUUCCCGGAGAGGACGCAGCAGCAGCAUUCCCCGAGCCCAUGCGGGAGGCGCGGUCUCGGUGCCACCCGAGCACAGAAGCAGCGCCCUGGAGGUUCGAUCUCGAGCCGGCAAGAGCCCAAAGCGUCUGGCGUCACCACUGCCGUGGCCCAGUGCAGAGGAGGAUGCGAGCCGCGCCGCCAGCGCGGAGGUGCCUUCUGCGCACGAGCUGGACCGCCGAGUCAGGCGAGUCAGUCACCUGCGUGCAGAGUCCUGCUCCCCACCGCAAGGUGCCGUGCAUUGGCCCGGCAAUGUGAACCUGCCGCCGAGGAUGCGGAAGAGACACCGACCACAAGGCACUCCCCGCACAGAGGGUCCACCGGCUGGCUGAGAGACCAUGGUAGGGAUGGGAAAAUUCGAUUUGUACAAAGCGAAUUCGAAAGCGGAAGCUCGCAACCCUUCAGGCAGGGUGAGCCUAGGUGUCUCGAGAUGUGUCGGAACA